AUGUCGGAUCUUCUUCAAACUGUUCAACCAACCGCUAUUUUAUUUUCAGUCGAUCCGGAUUUCUCGAAGUUUGUUUUUUGUUGAUUUUAUAUUUAAACAUUUCACUCACCUAAUUUUCAGUCAAACUUACAAAGGCCACGUCAAAAUCGAUUAUGAUGUGACUGGUGAAACUUCAGAGGUUCAAAUCCAAACUUCAAGCGAUUUUCAAAUUCAAGAUGUUCGUGUUGCUUUGUUCUACGAGUUCAAUCAAGGUUCCAAAGUUUUUGUUUCUCAUUGUGUCGAGGAUUACACUCUUGAAAACGAUAUUUUAACAAUUCCUAUGAGAGAACCAUUGAAUCCUGAAAAAGAUGAAAAUGGUUUUUAUAUCACUGUUGAUUAUAUUGGACAAGUUCAAGGUCCUGGAUACAAUCAAAUAAAUGAAGAAACGCAAGAAGCAAAUCUUGGGGAAGGGCGAGCACAUACUGUAUUCCCAUCUUAUGAAGGUAUUUCUUAUCCGAGAAUUUGGUUGAGUGUUUAUUCGGAUUAUGGAGUUACUGUGGAUUCAAACUUGGUAAGAAGGCGGAGCAGCGGAAAACUUAUUUUUGAAACUUCUCAUUUUCACUACAACUGUUUUUGGAUUUGGUUUUUGUUUAACUUUUUUAACCUAAUAAUUUUUCAGACUCGAACGAAUUCGAAUGAAACCGAUGGCAGAAUGAAACACAAUUUUUAUGGAGAAAAUCAAACUGCUGAUGAAUUAUUCUUCAGUAUAACUCUUCCUUCCAACCCUGAGGGCGAAAACACUGAACAACAACAAGAAGAAACCGAACCAGCGGCAGAAGAACAACCACAAGAAGAACCAUCUGAAGAAGAACCACAGCAAGAAUAA